AUGGAUUCUAAUGGCGCAAUGGACGACUCUCAGAACUCGGAAGAUGUCAAAUCUUCGACAAAACGACCGAUUGACAUUGAACACGUGAAACGCAAGAAGUUCAAGACUGAUGAUCUUCCCUUAUCAUCCGCGCAGCAUGCUAUUAUUGAUAAGCUCCUACAUUCGUUCAAGAAGAAGGGCGGAUUUGAUAGCGUUCGCAAACAGAUCUGGGCUGAUUUCAAUGAUGGGCAACCGCGAACGGAUUUUACAAACCAGUUGAUCGCGUUAGCCGAGUCGGAGAUUGACCGCGAACCAGCCUUACUCUCCCGCGAAAGAGGAAAGGCAGCGACACUUAUCGAGGGUGCUGUUGACCGCGGAGACGUCUACAAGAGCGUGGAGGAUGCCAUCGACCAACUAGCAUCCAAACAUCUGGAGUUCAUCUUCGACUCUGUUCGCGAUAUUCGACGCCAAGAGGUCGGCGAGGAGUCUGCCAACCGUGAAUUUGAGCAGGGCAAUAAGACAGACGCAGACUACGAAGUCCAUGUCAAGACCAAACGUGAGGAGCGCGAGAAGGUCUGGCGCGAAGAAGAGCGGAAGCAGAAGGAAAUCGAAGAGGAAAAGCAGCGGAUCAAGGACGAAGAGCGCCGGAAGAAACGUGAACUGGAACGCCAAAAAGACGAAGAGGAUCGGGCCAGAAGAAAAGAAAUCGACGAACAGAGACGGGCUGAGCGUGAGCGCCAGCGCGAGGAGCAAAGAGCUCUCGACGACCAGCGCGAACGAGAGCGCGAUGAAAGAUACGAGCGCCGAAGGCGAGAGGAUCGCUAUCGAGGAUGGAGUCGUGAUCGUAGUCGCACGCGAGAUCGAGACCGCUUCCGAGAUCGCUCACCAGCCUAUCGCUCCGAUCGCGACUUGUCCCCUCGGCCCCGAGAUUCAAAGGAGAAGUCUACUGAUUUGAAACUCUCUGUGAAUGUCCCCGUAGACGACAAGUCACUGGAGGAAGCUGCUUUGGAAAUGCUGCUCAAAGAAGGCGAAGAACGCAAAGCAAAGGCCCGUCAGAAGCCUGAGUUUGAUUUCGAGCAGGCCGAGGCCAUUGAGAACGGACUGAAGCCGACGCCAUCAGGCUCGUCCAGACAUCACGCCGAUGCAAAAUACUCUAAUAAUUCCACUCGAGCGGCCAGCCCCUCCCGAGACUCAAGGCGCGGGUCGAUCGCAGACCGAGGUGAUCGAUCCCGGCAUCUGACACGGGAUCGCAGUCGCAGUCGCUCACGACGCCGGCGCGCCUCACGCUACGAUUCAGACCGCCGCCGAGACCGCUCUCGGGAUUCUGUGCGGUCCCGGGAUCGCGACAUGGACGCUCGCCGGGGAUACCGCGAUUUCCGUGAUGACCGAGCCGGUGAUAGAAGCUAUAGGCCAGCCCGUCGGAGUCGGAGUCGAUCUGCAGACAAAACCCGAGACCGGGCGCGCGACCGAGACCGCAGCACUGGUCGCGAUAGGAUUCGGGAUCGAUCGAGAUCAAAGGAUAGGGAUCAUGACCGCCGCCGCGAUCGCAGCCGCAACCGAGAACGCGAACAUGAUAACUAUCGACCUCAGCGUGCCCGGGCCUCUCGUUCCCCAGUGCGCCGAGCUUCGCGUGCUCGCCGCUCUCGAAGCCGCUCGCGCUCCAUCAUUCGGGGCCGUGAUCGUCCUCGUUCACGAUCGAGACGUCGUUCGCCCUCACCCACUCUAGAUAUAGACCGAUAUGUGCCAUCUACAAGCAACAGAAGCAAAUCGCCACGGAGGCGUGUACGCUCCCCCGAGCGAGAGCGGGAUCGAGACCAGCGAGGAAGGGGCACUGACAUCGAUCGAUACAUGCCUGUGUCUGAACUUCAUGAACGAGAGAAGGAUAAAGACAAAGAACCUGGCCAAAUCACCGAAGCCACCCCUGAAAUCAGCACUGAAAAAGAAAAGGAGAAAGAGAAGCUGAAAGACGUCGACGAUCGCCGACCUCGUCGGAGGAGCCCCACAGACGGCGAAGCCCCAGCAGACGGCGAAGCCCCAGCAGACGGCGAAGCCCCAGCAGACGGCGAAGCCCCAGCAGACGGCGAAGCCCCAGCAGACGGCGAAGCCCCAGCAGGCGCAGAAGCUGGAGUCGGAGAAGGAAUCGCAGCCGACGAAGAAGUCCAAGUCGUCGUCGAAGUCGCAGUCGCAGAAGGAACCGGAGCUGAU